AAAGUCAAAAAGCCAUUUUGUCUGUGAACAACAAUGACAAAGAACAAGAGAAGAAGUAAAGCAGCCUCAUCACAUGAUGCAUCGACGCCAGAAUCUACUGCCCUGAAAGAUUCUGUUGGUUGUGUGUCACAAGGUGACAUGUCUCCUGUCUCUUUAUGUCAGGCAGUGCUGAGGAAGCAGCUAACAGAAGGAGUGUCCACAUACAGAAACAGUGAAAAGGGUACACACCUUGGCGAGGGACUUCAUCAGGAAGAAAGGCAGCUGUUAGAUUUGUUGAGAAGAACAGCAACAUCAGGAGAAAGUAACUCUGUCCUCGUGAUUGGACCAAGAGGGAGUGGCAAGUCGAAGCUGAUCAAACAUGUGAUUGCAGAGUUAUUGUUAGAUGAUCACAUUAGAGAGAAUCUUCUACAAGUACAUCUGAAUGGUUUGUUGCAGACUGAUGAUAGGAUAGCCCUCACAGAAAUCACCCGGCAGUUGAAACUGGAAAACACUCUUGGAGACAAAGUUUUUGGAUCAUUCUCAGAAACUCUGCAGUUCUUGUUGGAAGCCUUGAAAAGUGGGGACCAGAGCAGUAAACCAAUCUUAUUUCUGUUGGAUGAGUUUGACUUAUUUGCCCAUCACAAGAACCAGACCCUACUCUACAAUCUGUUUGAUGUGGCUCAAUCAGCCCAGGCUCCUAUCUGUGUUGUUGGGAUCACCUGCCGAUUGGAUGUGAUUGAACUGUUGGAAAAAAGAGUGAAGUCUCGCUUUUCACAUCGUCAGAUUCAUCUUUUCAACAGUCAGACAUUUGAAGACUUUAUUGUCAUAUUCAAGAAAUUGUUAUGUUUGGAUGUUAAUUUCCCUGAUCAAAAAUUUGCAGACAGUUGGAAUCUUCAAGUUGAGCAACUUGCCAGGGAUCCAACCAUUACUGAUAUACUGAGACAGCAGUUUGAGUUUACUAAAGAUGUUAGAGCUCUCCAACAGCUGCUGAUGUAUCCAGUCUGUCAGCUAAGCGAAAUGUCGCCCAGUUUAUCUGUUAGCGAUUUUGUUGAGUCGAGAAAGCUGAUCACAAUGGAUUCCAAGUCGGCUAUGCUGCAUGGCGUUUCUAUUCUGGAACUUUGUCUGAUCAUUGCAAUGAAACACCUGACGGAAAUUUAUGAAGGAGAACCAUUUAACUUUGAAAUGGUAUACAGUGAAUAUUCAAAAUUUGCACAAAGAAAAUCUUCCAUGCAGGUGUUUGAAAAAGCAGUUGUACUAAAGGCGUUUGAGCACCUGAUCCACCUGGAGCUAGUGCGGACCGUGGAUGGAGCAGGCAGCCGAGUCCAGAAGGAGUACAGACUGAUGCAGAUGUUGAUCCACCCGACCCAGAUACUGGACGCUCUGCAGAAGUACCCCCAGUGUCCAACCGACGUACGACAGUGGGCAGCCUCUUCUCUAGCUACAUGAUGGCAUCAUUAAAGAACAAACUUAUGAAAAAUGAGGUUUGUCAUAAGACGGUAUAUAAGCUGAAGUCCUGUGAAGGCCUCGCCUGAGCAAACCAGUGGUGGAGACUGGAAUCUGACGUCCUGGUACUCUGGAAACUUUUGUUUUGUGAAUGUCUUUGAUAAAGACUGUUUAUACUAACACAGUUUCAGUUUGUACUUUCUUUUCAUUGAUGGGAUUAUUAGAAAAUGUUCACAUUCA